GGCGCUGGCCGGGCUCCUCCUGCCCGCGCUUCUCCCCCUCCGAGGCUCUGGCGCCGCGCUCCUCGGGCCCCGUGCCUCUCCCCAGCAAUGGCGGCCUGGCGCUCCGCGUUCCUCGCUUGCUUGGCUUUCUCCCUGGCCACCCUGGUCCAAAGAGGAUGUGGGGACUUGGAUUUCAAUCUGGAGGAUGCUCUGAGAGAGACGACAACAGUAAAACGGAGAUGGGACUACAUCCCCACUACCACGACCAGGAGGCCAGGAACAACCAGAGCUCCAGCAAAGCCUGCAGGUGAUGAUUUUGACUUGGCCGAGGCCUUGGGUGAUGGAGAUGACGGCGGCAAGAAGCCCAGUGCAGGAGGAGGAGAGAGAUGGGACCACAUGCCCACUACCACAACCAGGAGGCCAGGAACAACCAGAGCCCCAGCCAAGCCUGCAGGUGAUGUACUGCCUGGGCAGCCCAGACCUCCUAAAGCUGAUGAGUUUGACUUGGCUGAUGCCUUGGAUGAUCGGAACGAUCUGGUCGAUGGCCACAGGAAGCCCAGUGCAGGAGGAGGAGAUUUCUCAGACAAGGAUCUUGAAGACAUGUUAGGGGGUGGCGACUACAAGCCUGACAAGAAUAAAGGUGAUGGUGGCUACGGCAGCAGUGAUGACCCUGGAUCUGGCAUGUCAGUGGAGACAGGCACCAUCGCCGGUGUGGCCAGUGCGCUGGCCAUGGCUCUCAUCGGUGCUGUGUCCAGCUACAUCUCCUACCAGCAGAAGAAGUUCUGCUUCAGCAUUCAGCAGGGGCUCAAUGCAGACUAUGUGAAGGGGGAGAACCUGGAAGCGGUGGCAUGUGAGGAGCCCCAAGUGCAGUACAAGGCCGUUCCAACACAGUCUGCUGAGCCCCCGCCCCCAGGGCCACCCCGCAUCUGAGGCACCCCCAGCAGCGACGCACGAAGCCAGCAAAGGGUGCCACUGCUUGUGAGCCUGCAGCCGAUUGCCUUGGAACCACAGCCGCUGUGCUGUCUUCGCCCUGUCAUGGCUUCUUGUCCUGCUGUUUCCAGAGGAGCUCCAGGUGCUCGCCAGUUUGGUUUCUGCCUUGCCACAGGAACUCCGGAGGGACUUGGUGCCGAAACUCAAAGCGUGACUCUGCCACCAGGCCAGCAGCAGCCUCACAAGCUGCCAGGUCACAGGUGCCCUGGAGCCGGGCUCAGUGAGUUCCAGGGGUGGGGGCAGGAAGGGCAAAACAUGGGGAUGGGCAACAAGAUGGCUGGGGAUGAUGUCACAGCAGGACAGCAUUUCCACUCAGAAGAGUUUGAACCCAGUGUGCUGUGGUCCUGCUGCGUGCUGGCUGCGGUGGCUCCCAGUGCCCGCUGGCUGCCAUGAGGCAGCCUCUGGCUGUGGCCUCCAAGAACUCUCAGUAGGGGCCCAGCUAGCACCCAAUUUCUUCCUUUGGAGCCCCCGCAGGGAGCAAGUGAGAUGGCACCAAGCAGUACCACACACAUGCCACACACAGGCUGGUGGUUCAGUUGCCGUCUUCCAAUGCCAGGUUUUAUACUGUUGGGCUUCCUGGAAAGCUACUUGGAGUGUAGGCUUCUCCAUUCCUUAAGUAUAAAAUGCAUCUCACCAUACUUCUGCUAGGAGAGUGUAGGCACCUUUUGGUUGCACAGGAAGCUGUGACUUGCAGCUUCUCAUCCAAAAGGGGGCAGUAUGGUCUUAAGGCUGGCAGGAUUAUUGUUGCAUAUCACUUCUGGGUUGGAAAAGAAUUGGCUAUUGGGUGGGAGCAGCUGUUCCCCUUUCAGCCUGUCUCUGAUCUCUGGGAUCAUAAGCUACAGGUAUCAAGACUGAGCGUGUGACCAUCCCACAAAACUGCUGUCCAGAGACCAGGCUGCAUGUGUAGAUCCCGUGUGCUGCCUUGCCAAGUCAGAACGCACUUCUGAUGUGACCAGGCAGGCCAGACCCCGCUUUCAAACCCCAUGGGCCUCUUCAAACAGCACGAUAAUUCUAUGUGAGUCCUGGGCUAGGUUGGCACCUCUGUGAGCUUGGCGGUUAAAAACCCCAUUCCCAGUUGCAGGUGGGGGGGGGGCGGUGUGGCAUCGCACCCUGUAGGUGCCUGCUCACUGUGUGCCCAUGACCCUGGAGCACCAGCCCCCUGGCCCUGACAGGGAGUAUUGUGAAGGAGGAGGAUGGCAGCUGGCUAUGCUGCAGAUCCAUGACCAUAGAAGCUGUCUGUAAGAUCUGCCCAUUUCCAGGGCCUCCUGCCUUUGCUAGCCAGACCACUGUCAACCUUGUCCUUCCCUGAUGCCAAUGACAUAGAGGGCUUAUGAACCUAUCGCUGGCCAUUGCAGAGCUGGAGGUAGCUAUGGAGAAUUUUUGCACCCAUGACCUGUUAUUACCUAGAAAGGUUGAGUUGUGGUAAAGCCUGUGUGAUGGCAAUGACCUUGGAACCCUGUAGCUGUGAUGUCUAAUAAAUGCUCUGUGAAGACA